AUGUCGUCGCGAGUAUAUCCCGAAGAAGAAGGAGAAAAAGAAGAAGAAACGACGACGACGUCGGAGUUGUUGAGCGAUUAUUUCGGUCACUACGUGGUCGCGUCGAAGAAAAAAAACAGCGGACGAAACCCAACAACAAAAGGACGAGUCUCCUCCUCCUCGACGAAAACGUCGUCUCAAAAAAAUCUUCUCGGACGCAAAGAAAUAUUCGCGGCGCAUAAAGAGGAUAAGGCGAAAGACGUGUUCAUUUGCGAAGGAGAGCAGACGAGGAAUCGAGGGUCGUACACGUUUUAUAGCUCGAAGAACUUACCGAAAGCGUUCGCGAGUGUUGGAGGGACGUUGCGCGCGGCGACGAGAGACGAGUUGAAAGCGUGGCUGGAAAAGAUGAACUUGGAAGGCGCGGUUGUUGAAAACGACAAAGAUGAGACGCGAGCCGUUUAUAUGCACGAAAACGGUGGCGAAGAUCAUAAACGAUUAGAAAAUGCUCGCAUGGUGAACCCAAGGGCGAAAACGGGCAUUCCCCCUCAAGGGAUAGCGUCAAAUUUGGCAUAUUCAUCCGCGGUGCAUACGGUAAAAGAAUCUCACGAGAGAAAGAUGACGGAGAAGCGUCUGAAACAGCGACAAGAGGAAGAAAGAGAAGCAGAAGAGGAUGCCGAAAGGCAAAUAGGACACAAGAUGCGAAAAAAACCAAAGACGGAACCAAAAUUCGUUUCCAUCAAAUACCCUUCUCCGACGACAAAGAAGCUGCGACGAGGAAGCAAAGAUGCCGAGAAUGAAGAUUUUUUUGGGCAUCGCGAAGAUCCGUUCUUGCGCACGAUUGCCGGUGACGAGAGCGACGACGACGGCGACGACGACAACAACGACGGCGACGACGAGAAUAACGAUACAAACAACAACGACAACAACAACAGUAUCAAAGUUGUUCAAUUUAAAACAGGAGAAGCAGGAGGUGACCUUCGUCAUACAUCGGAUGUUGACAACGGCGGUGGCGCGUUCGACGAGAAAUUUUCUUACGACUCUGAUAUCAUGAACAGCCUUGCAAAUUUCGAUGAACAAGAGCUUAACGACUUGGAUUGCGGAGAAUUAUCGUUAUCACAUCGUCGAUUUUCCUCCUACGAAGAGAUUAACGCGCCCUCCAUUGCGUCAAAGAAAGAUAUGGAGGAAAAUCCGUUCCACAAACGAUCCGGUUUCUAUCUUCGUUCGCGGGUAUUGAAUGAGAGAGGUAUUUUUGCAAUCAUCAAGGAAAGAAAAGAGAACUCGAACGGUCAUUACAAUUAUAACGUUUCAGAUGAAUUGCGUGGAUUGUGCGAGCCGUCGUGGAACCCUCCGUCGUUUAAAAACGCCGCGGACGCGAAGGCGUGGUUGGACGAAGUUCUCAAAAAAACCCCGCUCACCAAGAAAGAGCGCAAAGAUCUCGAGGAAGCUUCGGAGCAAGACGUGAACGCGCGCAUGGCUCCUGACCCCGUGAUGAAAACGUACAAAAACGGAGACGAAAAAAACAUCCGUAAAACGAUGUCUAGAAACGACACCAACGCCGCCACCACCACGACCAACAGAACUCACGCUGGAAAGAAAAAUGGAAAAAUUUGCGGUGGAGUUGCUGAAAAUCAAAGGCAAAAUUUGCAAGCCUCGUUCACGUGGACGAUGCAAAGAGCAGACGCGUCUACGGUCGAAGCACUUCGCGACAUCGCUCGAGGUAUCGUCACCCGUCUCAGUUCGAACACGUUACCUCCGGAACGCGCUGUUUCUGCACUGGACGCUUUAAAAGAUGUCGAUAUGAGUCUCGAACUGUUAGAGCUCUCUCCCAUCGCAUCCGCCGUAAGCGCUAUUGCCGAAGACGAUUGUAGCAUGACCAAUGAGGCGAGACAAACAGCGAAAGAGUUGUUACAAAGUUGGAAAGAAGCAGCUCAACGAGGUGUGAAAGCGAUCGAGAGCAGAAUCCAAGCGAGCGAGCAAUACUUGAUGAGAUCCGGGAUCAAGAGAUCAUCCGAAUGA